GGCCCGGCAGCAUGGCGGCGGCGGGCGGCCCACCGCCGGGUCCUCCACAGCCUUCGCCGCCGCCGCCGCCUGAGGAGUCGUCGGACAGCGAACCCGAGGCAGAGCCCGGCUCCCCGCAGAAGCUUAUCCGCAAGGUGUCCACGUCGGGCCAGAUCCGCCAGAAGACUGUCAUCAAAGAGGGGAUGCUGACCAAACAGAACAGUUCAUUCCAGCGAUCAAAAAGGAGAUACUUUAAACUUCGAGGCCGAACACUGUACUAUGCGAAAACUGCAAAGUCCAUCAUAUUUGAUGAGGUGGACCUAACAGAUGCCAGCGUGGCUGAAUCAAGCACCAAAAACGUCAACAACAGCUUUACGGUCAUCACUCCUUGUAGGAAACUCAUCCUGUGUGCUGACAACAGGAAGGAGAUGGAGGACUGGAUCGCAGCACUCAAGACGGUACAGAGCCGGGAGCACUUUGAGCCCACCCAGUACAGCAUGGACCAUUUCUCAGGGACGCACAACUGGUAUGCCUGUUCCCACGCGCGGCCGACUUAUUGCAAUGUGUGCCGGGAGGCCCUGUCAGGGGUCACGUCCCAUGGUCUGUCCUGUGAAGUGUGCAAAUUUAAGGCCCACAAACGAUGUGCUGUGCGUGCAACCAAUAACUGCAAGUGGACUACACUGGCUUCGAUUGGGAAGGACAUCAUUGAGGAUGAGGAUGGGGUUGCUAUGCCCCACCAGUGGCUAGAAGGAAACCUGCCAGUGAGUGCCAAGUGCACAGUGUGUGAGAAGACUUGUGGCAGCGUGCUGCGCCUGCAGGACUGGCGCUGCCUAUGGUGCAAGGCCAUGGUCCACACAUUAUGUAAAGAGUCCUUGAUGACCAAAUGCCCGCUUGGCCUGUGCAAGGUGUCAGUCAUCCCUCCCACGGCGCUGAACAGCAUUGACUCUGAUGGGUUCUGGAAAGCGACUUGUCCCCCAUCUUGCACAAGUCCUCUGCUGGUCUUCGUCAAUUCUAAAAGUGGAGACAACCAGGGUGUAAAGUUCCUCAGAAGAUUCAAGCAACUGUUGAACCCUGCCCAGGUCUUCGACCUCAUGAAUGGAGGACCGCACCUUGGCUUGCGGUUAUUCCAGAAGUUUGACACCUUCCGGAUUCUGGUUUGUGGCGGGGAUGGUAGUGUUGGCUGGGUCCUUUCUGAAAUUGACAGCCUGAACCUUCACAAGCAGUGUCAGCUGGGAGUGCUUCCCCUGGGGACAGGGAAUGACCUGGCCCGCGUGCUUGGCUGGGGUGCAGCCUGUGAUGACGACACUCAGCUCCCCCAGAUCUUGGCGAAGUUGGAGAGGGCCAGCAGGAAGAUGCUGGACAGGUGGAGCGUCAUGGCAUAUGAAACCAAGCUCCCUCGGCAGGCCUCAUCCUCCACUGUCACGGAAGACUUGAGUGAAGACUCUGAGGUGCAGCAGAUCCUCUUCUAUGAAGACUCAGUUGCAGCUCACCUUUCUAAAAUCCUGACCUCGGACCAGCACUCUGUGGUGAUCUCGUCAGCCAAGGUUCUCUGUGAGACAGUGAAGGACUUCGUGGCCCGAGUAGGCAAGGCCUAUGAGAAGACGACCGAGAGCUCAGAGGAGUCGGAGGUCAUGGCCAAGAAGUGCUCUGUCUUGAAAGAGAAGCUGGACUCGCUCCUCAAGACCUUGGAUGAUGAGUCCCAGGCCUCAUCCUCUCUGCCCAAUCCGCCCCCCACCAUUGCUGAGGAGACGGAAGAUGGUGAUGGGGCGGGCAGUGUCUGCGGUUCUGCUGGGGAUCGCCUGGUGGGCUCUGCAUGCCCUGCUCGGCCGCAGAUCUUCCGCCCCCGGGAGCAGCUCAUGCUUCGAGCUAAUAGUCUAAAGAAAGCAAUCCGCCAGAUCAUAGAGCACACAGAGAAAGCGGUCGAUGAGCAGAAUGCCCAGACACAGGUGCAGGAAGGCUUUGUGCUGGGCCUCUCCACCUCAGAGGAAAAGAAAGACCUGAGGAAGGAUGACAAGAUGUGCCUGCCGCUGCCAGCCCACAGUGAGGGCUGUGGGGUCCCCACGGGCAGAAGCCACCGCAGAGCAUCCCGACCCCCCUGUGAAAAACUGAUGAGCAAAGGGGGUCUGUCUGUGGGCAGCUCUGCCUCUCUUCCUCCUCAGACGGGAAGCCGGGAUGGCCUGCCCGCACUGAACACCAAGAUCCUGUAUCCAAGCGUUCGGGCUGGGAUGUCUGGUUCCUUGCCUGGCGGUUCAGUGAUCAGCCGCCUGCUAAUUAAUGCUGAUCCCUUUAGUGCCGAGCCAGAAAACCUAGAGUACUACACAGAGAAGUGUGUCAUGAACAACUACUUUGGCAUUGGCCUGGAUGCGAAGAUAUCGCUGGACUUUAACAACAAGCGGGACGAGCACCCAGAGAAGUGCAGGAGCCGGACCAAGAACAUGAUGUGGUAUGGGGUCCUGGGCACCAAAGAGCUGCUGCAUAGGACCUACAAGAACCUGGAGCAGAAGGUCCUGCUGGAGUGUGAUGGACGUCCAAUCCCCCUUCCUAGUCUUCAGGGAAUUGCUGUCCUCAACAUUCCCAGCUAUGCUGGUGGGACGAACUUCUGGGGGGGCACCAAAGAAGAUGAUACUUUUGCAGCUCCGUCAUUUGAUGACAAGGUUUUGGAGGUGGUCGCUGUGUUUGGUAGCAUGCAGAUGGCUAUGUCGCGUGUGAUUAAGCUGCAGUACCACCGAAUUGCCCAGUGUCGCACGGUGAAGAUUUCCAUCCUGGGCGACGAGGGCGUCCCUGUGCAGGUGGAUGGAGAGGCUUGGAUCCAGUCACCAGGGUACAUUCGGAUCGUCCAUAAGAACCGGGCACAGAUGCUGACCAGAGACAGGGCCUUCGAGAACACGCUGAAGUCCUGGGAGGACAAGCAGAAGUGCGAGCUGCCCCGCCCGCCUUCCUUCUCGCUGCACCCCGAGAUCCUGUCUGAGGAGGAGGCCAUGCAGAUGGACCAGUUUGGCCAGGCGGCAGGGGUCCUAAUUCACAGUAUCCGGGAAAUAGCCCAGUCUCACCAUGACAUGGAACAGGAACUUGCCCAUGCCGUCAAUGCCAGCUCUAAGGCCAUGGACCGCGUGUAUGGCAAGGCCAGAACUGCGGAGGGGCUGAACUGCAGCUUUGUCCAAGAAAUGGUCAACAAUGUCAGAGCUCUGCGCAGUGAGACGGAGCUGCUACUGGCCGGGAAGAUGGCCUUGCAGCUGGACCCCCCCCAGAAGGAGCGGCUCGGGGCCGCCCUCACCGAGAUGGACCAGCAGCUCGGGAAGCUGGCAGACACACCCUGGCUUUGCCAGCCUGUGGAGCCCGGGGACGAGGAGAACGUGAUGUUGGAGCUCUCGAAACGCAGCCGCAGUGGCAAGUUCCGCCUGGUGACCAAAUUUAAGAAGGAGAAGAACAACAAGAACAGAGAGGCUCAUGGCAGCCUUGGAGGCCCGGUUCACCUCUGGGGCACAGAGGAGGUUGCUGCCUGGCUGGAGCACCUCAGCCUCUGUGAGUAUAAGGACAUCUUCACGCGACACGACAUCCGGGGCUCCGAGCUCCUGCACCUGGAGCGCAGGGACCUCAAGGACCUCGGCGUGACCAAGGUGGGCCACAUGAAGAGGAUCCUGUGUGGGAUCAAGGAGCUGAGCCGCAGCACCCCUGCCACCGAGGCCUAGCCUCUGCCUUCUCUGUCUGCAUCCCCCACCUCUCUGGUGACUGAGGCCUGGGUGGCCCCGGGCCCUCCCAAUGGUGCUACUCCCUUCACGACAGGAAGCCUCUCUGACACCUGUUCCUAACAGCUCUGGUCUUGAACAUACCAACAACACAACUACCUUGGAAAUGCCACCUCUCCUAGCUCAGAGUCACAGCGCAAAUGGCGUUGCCACUCUAGACUUGCACGACCCUGCUGUGGGUGUGGGAUCAUGUGAGGUCUGACCUCUGGCAUACCAUGUGCUCGGCAGAAACUGGUUGUCCUGUGGAGCUCCUCCCCACACAUCCUUGGUCAGUCACAUCAGGUGGCCACCUUCACCCUGCUGUCUCUCAGAAGCAUGACUGGGUGUAGUCCAUGGAGGCUCACGCCAGAAUGUCCUUGGUGCCUGACGGCCACCCCGUGGUUUUCCACGGCAGCCCCGCAAGGCCGCCUACUGCUCUUGCCUUGUUUGUUCCUGGCGUUUUGAACACAGCAUGUGCACAUUGCUGGGUUGAGACCUGGAUGUGCUUUUGGUCAUUUUAAUAUGGAAGAGAAGUGCCCUCCUGCCUGAGAAUGUGGGCAGCAGCCCUGCUUCUGGCAGAUGCAGCCCCCACCAAGCCCGGGUCAGCCUGUGUCAUCCUCCCAAGCUGUAGAAGGGGACAGUGAGUGGGGUGGGGUUGGUGUCUUCCUGUACUUUGGUGGAGGACAAGGAGGUUUCCAGGUUUAGAAUCUCUGGGCUCGUGGCGGCCUCCUGUCUCCUGCCUCCAGACCUGGAGUCCCUGCGGUGUCUGUGGGGCUGCACGGCUUGAGGCCCAUGCUGUUCCUGCCUGCACCUGUCCAGGUGUGAGCUUAUCACCCUGAGCAGCGCUGACCAUGCCAAUGGUGCCAGUGCCUGGGCUGCUCCUUGAGGAGGCCGCAGCGGGCUCCUCAUGCCACUGCCUGCUUCUUCCCUUUCAGGAAUGGCUAAACAGUACCAGAAAGGGCUUUGGGACCCUGUCACGUGUGUGCGUGUGUCUGUCAGGCUGUGGCUCCAGAGGCCGGGCACAGGCACUGGCCUGGCCCUUUGUUACCCCAUGUGAUGUGGUGGGCUGGGUAGGGAAUUUGCUAAGGGCUUUGUCCAGAGGUGCUCACAGGGCUCGGUGUAGACCUGGCUGGGCUUGGGGUGUUCUUGUUGGUAUCCUUCCAGUCUGGGAACUUGGGGGGGGGGCGUGGGUAGGGGUGCAGAUGGCCCAUUUCCUGCCCUGCCUGCCCCAUGCUUGGUUUCUACUUGUGCAGUCUCCUGUCCUUGCAUGUUUAUCAGAACCUGGUGCACGUGGGCCAAGCACCUAUGGAAGUAGUGUUAGGCAAAGUACUUGCACUGGUCCUGUGUGUGUGGUUCACCCCACCACAGUCUCCCUGGUGGUAGUCCCAGUAGCAGGGGCUGGAAAUGGCUCAGGUGGCAGAAGUGUGUCUGGUACCUGCUGGCCCAGUCAGGGCAAGACCUGCAACAGCCUGGAGCUUAGGAGAGAAUGUCAGGAGGAAGAGCAGCUGACGGCUGCCCUGCAUCUUCCAUGUCCUCUUGGAAAGCCCUGGGUUUGGGUCAGGACAGUUACUGAGAGGCAGUUUAUGUGAAAAGCACUUGCCUAAUUAAGUCAGUAGUGGAAGGCCCAGUGCAAGUGUGCAGGGACCCCUCUGGUGGCAAUGGGCCUACGUGGCCCCCAUUGCCUGCUGUGCAGUCCCUGGUGGUGGUACAGGCUGGUGACCUGAAGUCGCAGGGUGCUGCAGUCCUGUGUGGAAGGUGGGGAGGGGAGGGCCCCAGGGGUCCUGGAGAAGAGGCUUUGUGCCCCAGGGCGCACCCCCUCAUAUUUAUACUAAUUUAUACGGUGAGCACCGGACGCAGGUGCCUCGUGUGUGGAUAUGUACAUAGUCCCUUUGGAGAGCUGUACAUAAGUUGUGUGUACAAAUAAAUGAGCCUGGUUUUGUUCUUCUGUGGUCAGAGUUCUUGCCUUACUCUGCUCUGACCCAAAAUGAUAUAUUCUUAAUUGAAUUUAGUAGUUUUUCAUCUGUUCCAAAAUAGGUCAAAUUGGUGGCUGCAAAGCAAAAUUGAAAGCCAUCAUCUUCCUGAGGAUAUGGGGUCUGGUGCGCGAGGUUAACCUUGAGCUAGGAGUGGGGUGGGGUCACAGUACACACCCAGAAGGAAGAACCAUGCCCUGUGGCUUGUUGAACCCGGGGACAGCUGUGCUGUGGCGAGGACUGAGAUUGGGAGCAGGAGGAGGUAGCCGGUUUCUGCCUCUCAGGCAGCCAGAGGGGCAAGGGGUGGUGUCCUGGGUCCCUUGUCUGUGCCUAUGAAGUCGCUGUUUUGGCCAGCUGGUAUCACAGCGUAAUAGUCUGCUUCCUGCGCUGUGCCACCACAGCUGGUCCUGGGCCCUAGGAGGAAGGGGAGCAGAUGGCAGUGUUCAACACAGCUCUGCUAUGAGUCCAGAUGGAUUUCAGACUGAAGCACAUGUCUGCGACUUCCAAAGCAGGACCCAUGCAGCGCUCCCAAAUACAACCUGUGCCAAGUUCCUCAGUAAAGUGGAAGCAAGCUGCUCCCAGGUGAGAGCCAGAAGCAGUCAGCAUGACAGAGAAGGACUAGGUUGUCUUUUAAUAAGAUCUUAGACCUCUCCAUGCUUACCUUAUGCCAUCCCCCAAGUGAAAAAGGCAGGCCUGAGCAGGCCUCAGGAGGGGCCUGAGGCUGCUGCCUUUGCUAUCUGCUGCGAGGCACGAGUGGGUCAGAGCUCCAUGAAGCAACUCAUGGGUUGUGGCAGGCUGGGAGAGU